AUGCCCGCGACUUUUCGAAGUGGAAAAUCCACGCCUCAAUCGUCGCCCAUCUCAGCAACGCAGAGCUCACACCCUGAGUUGUUGAAGUCCUCAGAUACCAAUAUGAACCAAAGGAGACCGUCGCCAUAUCUACUCUUGCUUUACCCCGUCAUUCUCGGUCUCGGCUCACUAUACUCUCUCAUCUCUCCUCUGGCAUUUCCUCCGCCUGCCGCGCCCCUUGCACCAGGCCUUGCCUCCGAGCUGAACACUCCAUCAACCAAUUAUUUCUCGGGAAAGAAGAAUAUCUUCAAUCUUUAUUUUGUGAAGAUCGGAUGGUUCUGGACAACUCUGGCAUUCAGCUUACUCCAAUUCACCACUCGCCCACCUUCCUCGAACACGCAAAAACACUAUGUUCAAGCGACUUUGCGUUAUGCUAUCAUUACUUUAUCGUGGUAUCUGACCACCCAGUGGUUCUUUGGACCCGCCCUGAUCGAUCGCAGCUUCCAGAUUACUGGAGGCCACUGCGAACCUCAAUUCUACAAUGAGGCUGGGUUAAAAGAGACGCUCGAGAUCAAGAUGGCAACAUCUGGACCAGCAUGCAAAUCUGCAGGUGGUGUUUGGAAAGGAGGGUAUGACAUUUCAGGCCAUGUUUUCAUGCUCGUUCUAUCCUCUGCGUUCCUACUCUAUGAGCUCUACAUUGCCGAUCGCCAUUCUUCACAUCCCUCGGUUUCGCCAAAGGCAGCAGCAAGGUUGGCACAAGAUUUAACCGAAGAAGAACGGAAGGCGGUGGGAGGAUGGGAAUCGGGACCCGUUGCAAAAGUCCGUGUGUGGUCAAGGUAUUUCGUCUAUACGGUUGUCGCUCUUGACCUGUGGAUGUUGAUGAUGACGGCGAUAUGGUUUCAUACCUGGUUGGAAAAGCUAAGUGGCCUCUUACUUGCAGGAUCUACGGUUUGGACCACCUACUUUUUGGGAGAUAUUGCUGCGGGCUGGAAAGCAAUCGUUGGGGGAUUAUAA